UCGACUGAUCAACCCUCAUCCAACCCACUACCGCGGCGUCGCGCUCCUCCAAAUCCCAUGCACAAUUGAACAUUUAGCCAUUAACAUCAUCUUUGCCCUCCAUGUUCUAUUCUGAGCAGUUGUUGGCGAAGACCGGGCCGUUGGCUCGCGUCUGGCUCGCGUCGAACGUCGAACGCAAGCUGUCCAAGUCGCAAAUCCUACAAUCCGACAUCCAGAGCAGCGUUGGGGCUAUUGUCGAUCAAGGAGGCGCUCCCAUGGCACUCAGACUCAGUGGUCAACUCAUGCUCGGUGUGGUGCGCAUCUACGGAAGAAAAGCGCGUUAUUUACUAGACGACUGCAAUGAAGCACUGAUCAAGAUUCGAAUGACGUUCAAGUCGACAAAUAAUCACGAUCUCCCCGCGCAUGCGACAACCGCCAUCGAUCUAAAUCUCCCAGAACUCCUGACCAUUGAUGACCUCUUCACGUCGAUGGACUUCGGCUUUCCUCUGACCCAACAACCAGCCCUACGAGGCUCCCAGACACAGGAAGCGGACGACGACUGGACCAGCAGUCUCAACCCUCAGCUGAGCAGUACACAAUCAAUGCUGAUACCGGGAGAAGAGGCUCUAUACAACGAUGAUGAUCUUAACCUGGACUUUGGAGAUCGAGACGAGAUGGACUUCAACGACACUACCGUGAGCAUGAACGUUGGCAGGAACGCGCCUACACCCAAACCUGACAACGAAGAUAUAUUUGGAGAGGAAGGCUUAGUACAUGAUGACGAUGACCUCAACCUGGAUCUUGGUGAAGACAUCCCAAUGGCCGACGACGAUGGUCUACCUCUUCCCGACGAUGAAGCCUUACCCCAACCUGACAACGAAGAGCCGCUCGAAUUUGGUGGCGAUGAGACGCAACAGCUACGAGAAGCUGUGGCACAAGGAGAGCGUGUUAGAGACACGGAAUCUCCACUUUCCGAAGCCGACCCAGAAAUGCUGCGCCAACUCGAUCAGACAUUUCAAGAGUUGCCAGAGGAGGAAGUCGAAGAGGUUGUCGUCCAACAGCGCCAGCGAAGUCGAAAACAAAAACCACUUGCACCUGACACGGAAACAGUCCUGCACAACAAACAAAUCAAAGCUCAAGCGGAAGAUCGGUCGAAGAUUCUGCGUGCUCCGUCAUUCCUGCCUCGUGAUCCACUUCUGCUCACUCUUAUGAACAUGCAAAAGAAUGGCGACUUUGUACUGGACGCCAUGAACGACGGCCGGUCCAGGAACUGGGCACCAGAACUCCAGGGCCUGCUGUCAUUCGAAACCCUCACCAAGUCUGGAGAGCGGAAGCGCAAACGAGAUAGCGGCAUCGGCGGGCUUAGUGAGGACGAGCAUCUCGACAAAUCGCCGCGGCUGGAAAGGCCAGAAGACGAAAUGGAAGACGAGGGUGUACAGGUCGACGAGCCUGAAGCUCAAAUGGUCACAGACAUUCCAGCCGACGAUGGUGUACAAGCCCUGAUGAGCGAAAGUGGACCGGCCUUGGAGGACAUUGUUCCUGGAGAAGAUGAUGAAGGUAUUUUUGGAGGUGACGACACGUUUGACGACACAACCAUGCCUCUAGUUCACCCUGCAGACAGCGGCCCGAUAUCCUUGGGCACAAAGCACGCCGUACACCUUCUACGCGAUCGACUGGGUGAUGCAGGAGGCAAUCCACCAUCCUCGCCCGCCAAGAAGUCUGUUCUGCUGCAAGAGCUGGUGCCAGAAGGCAGGACAAGCAAAGAAGACGCCACGAAGAUGUUUUUCGAAGUGCUGGUACUAGCUACCAAAGACGCUAUCAAGGUUGACCAAGGCGAGAAGGCAAUUGGGCUUCCUUUGAGGAUCCGAGCCAAGCGUGGAUUAUGGGGAUCUUGGGCCGAGACCAGCCCUGGUGAAGAUCCUACAGCCAUGACUGCUUCGCAGCAGGUUGAAGUUGAGGCCUAAGCCGUGGAUCUUCGCGACCCGGGUGGGCUCAUUAUGAUCUUGGAGAUGUAUUUCGGAAUUGGCGAUGAAGCGGAUUGUGACCAUUGAGUUUACAAUUGGAUUCUGGCAUUGGAUGCGGUUGAGCAUCAAAAGACUUGUUGGGAUUAAAUGACAGCGAUGGCGUCUCCUUGGACAGGACAAGG